AUGGGAUUCCUGAGCACGCUGCUGGGAGUCGUCGGAUUCGGGGUCGGGGUUCCCCUUGGUCUGCUCUUGGGGUAUUUCAUCUUCAUCUAUUCAGAGUCCAGCGACGUCCAGGUGCGUUUCUCCAGACUCGCGCCGGUGGCGAUGGCGUGUAUCUUAGUCGUCGUCGUCGUCGUUGUCUUCCACUCACGAAUCAAUCCGCUUCUCUCGUCGAUCAACCGAGGCGAUCGUGUCCGGUUAAUGGGCUGCGUUCUUUCCUGUCGUUGUUUCUCACUUGUUGUAUCUAUCCCCUGUUUCCCCGCCUCCAGGACUCAGACAAGUUUAGCAGGGGUCUGCGCCGGGGGGCCGUAAAUGGGGGCUCCUACCUCAAAGUUUUGUCUUCUAGUGUUCCCAUCUCCAUGAUUUAUGUUCGAAUUUCCACGCAGGAAGCCGAUUUUCAUACGCACGAGAGUUCCUAUUCGAGUGAUAAUUUGUUGGCUCACCCUUCCUGCUUUAAUCAACUUAAAAAAAACGAAUUUCUGGAUAGAAUUUGGAUGUCUUCCACUUCUGUUAUUUUAUGUUUUCAGUACGUAUCUCUGACGGGUGUUGCCCAAUUCCCGCAGAAACACGUAGUUCUACAGGGGGGGGGGGGGGGGGGUUGCCCUCCCUGGGGUUGGAUUGACUGGAUUUUUUUACCUGAUCUUCUCCAUCCAUUUGCUACGGUCCUCAAUUUAUUUUUAUCUCGGGUAUCUGAUGCUUAUGCUGUGUUCCACUCAGACAGCUUUACUUGUUCCCCCAUUCAAAGUCGCCGAUUCCUCUAGAAGCUUUUCCUAAGAAUUUCUCUCAUUUUUUUCCGUUGUUUAAAAGCUUAACCCAUCCUCCGUUAGCAUGGUCGUAUAGCUAUAACAUCAGUAUAAUUAUUUCAUUUUUCAACUUGUGACUGCAGGAUCCAGUUACUCGCAAAAUUCAUGAUUUGGAUUCGAAGACUCUGAAACAACUGUUACCUGAAAUUCCAUUAUGGGUGAAGCGUCCCGACUAUGAGCGUGUGAGUGCUGAUCCUCACGUCAGAAUUCCCUUUGCUCUUUCAAUUUCUGUGGUAAUGUUAGCAUAGCCCGAAAUAUCAUUUGUGAUUUUUUUCUGGAGAGAUAAGUCAGAUAGUCAUAAUGCUUCGCCUUUUAGAUAUUUUAUCUAGACAGAUAUGAUGCAUUUAUGAUUAGCACCUUGUUCUAGAGCUGGGUUUAGAUAACUACGAGUCAGACGGCGAUUUAUUUGCGAGGAAAUAACUUUUUUACAAAUUGGCACUGAAGAUGUAAAAAUUUAGCUCUGGAGCAGGGAAUGUAGAUCUGGUUAUCUCAAACUGAUGUUAAUGAUAACCUUUUAGUUUUCUCCCUCUCCAGGAAAUCUUGCUUUCAUGACCGGAAAAAGAAUAUUCUUAUCUGAACAAUCAUACGCAAUUUUAUUUUUUUUCAGCUUACGGAUUCUUCAUAAUUGUUCGAUAUGUAUUUUAAUCUGGAACGUGGCAAUUAUUUUGGAAUAUACUACCAAAAUUCGUAUUAUCUCAAGAUAAUUGGAAUAUAGGUACCUCGUAUUUAGUUUCUACCCCCUUGAAAGGCUUCUGUCUCUUGACUCUCUCUGCUACCUACGUUUGAAGACGCUGGCGAGAAGGAAGCUGGUUUGCUUUGAACUAGUAGAUCACGUGUUGCAUGUCUAUGUUACUGGAUUCUCUACAUGAAGAGAACUCCAAUGAGAAAGUAACUUUGUAUACUUUACCGUAAAAUUUACAGCUAACGUUACGGGCAGUCCUCUUUUUAUUUUUCAUUAUUUUGAGCCAGUUUAGUGAAAUAUUAUACAUAUAUAUAUAUAUAUAUAUAUAUAUAUAUUAUUGACUUUUCUUUCCACGAAUGGCAUUAUUUCUUUUUCUAGGUCGAAUGGAUGAACAAAUUUAUCGCUGAAUUGUGGCCUUGGUUGGAUAAGGUACUCCUGAUCUUUACGAACUUAUUUUAGUUAAACCAGUGGUUGGCAUUUAUUUUCCUAUUCUCUGAACUUUUUGUGGUUAUACCUAUUGAAUCAUACUUGUUGAGACUUUUUUUAUUCAGUCGGUUACAGGAAAGAAACAUCAGAAAAAAUCGUUCAUUAGGAUUUAUAAAAGAUUUAGUUCUUCGUAUGGUUUAGUAUACUUUCAUUCUGGCUGAUUUUUAUUAAUUCAGGCAGCUUGCGAUAUGAUUAGAAGCAUGGCCAAACCAAUAUUCGAUCAGUACAUUGGAAAAUUUCACAUAAAAUCAAUUGAAUUUGGACUUCUCACGCUUGGUACCCUUCCACCCAGAUUACACGGUAUGUAAUCUUUCUUUUGGAUGUUGAAGUGAGAUCUGAUAUUUGGAGCAUAUGUAGACCCUUCUAUCCUUAUUACCUGAGGAAUAUUUCCCCUGUUCGCGAGAAAACAGAUAAAUGUCCCGGUUUACGACAAACUUGAGUGCUGCCUCAUCGCUCCCAUAUUCAUUAUUGUCCCUGAGAUGAAGCAUCAGUCUGGCUCUGGGCAAAGCUGUCCGCCCAGAUGCUAAUGGUAAAUUCUCUAGUUUGGCGUUAAACAGGAGGAGGCCUGCCAUUACCCGUUGAUGGGGCCGCUUGCCCUUUUGUCCUGCUCCCAAAUUUACCGGUGAAAGGAGAAGAAGGAGAUUGACACAUUGGCAACUUAGGCCAUGAAACAUGCCCACGUUUCCCGAAAACUUGCCUCUUACGCUGCAUAAUUUCCGACCCGUUUCCAUCGAGGAAGGUGUGCUAUGAAGUAUGUAACAUGCUUCCCAGGCGCAACCAGUUAUUUUCAGGAGUCACACAAUAAACCAAAUUCUUAGGCGUCAAGUUUCAGGUCCUUGCUUCCGCUCACGUGCAUAAUGAACCUCUACCUCUCUGAAAAUCAUCGUUUAUCUGAUUCGUCUCCAAUAAAUUAUUGAUUUUAUUAUGCUCUCCUGCCAUUUUAAGAUACAUUUUUAAGAUCCUCCAAGGAAUGAGAAGAUCCUAGGGAGGUCAAGAAUGUGCCACUUGGCUGCAAGAAUGUGCCGAGUCCAAGUGGCACGGGGUCCGCUGACUUCGAGGAACUCCGGCACUCGUCCACGAUGUGCUCCAUGACUCACCGUGGAUUCAGAAGAACUUUUGUCCGCCGGGUCACUCCUUGAUGACAGCCAAUAUUUUUUUUACUCUUAGUUCCUCCCCUCUGCAGGUGUUAACUUCUACGAGACAAAUGGGAGAGAACUAAUUCUUGAGACCGAUAUUCGCUGGGCUGGCAAUCCAAACGUACUCGUUGUGGUAAAUUUUCUGGGUUUUAGAGUAACAGUGCAGGUGAGGAGUUCUUCCAGCGCAAAAGAAAAAGAGAAGAGGGAAAGAUCGAAUAAUGAUGUCCCCCACAGAAAAUUCUUUCUCAUAGAGUUUGUCUUUCAGCUGAUAGAUUCACAGAUCUUCAUGUCACUGCGUGUUACACUGAAGCCCCUGGUGCCCACCUUUCCGUGCUUCGGGAGCGUGGGCAUGUCCUUGACGGACAAGGUAAUCCCGGGAGGGCUACCCUUCUUCAUACCACUGCAAAUCCGGGCACUUUUGUUGAACUGAUUCUUCUGCACCUACUCCCACAACAUGGUUCCAGCCGCACGUCGACUUCGGCCUCAAACUUGUCGGAGCAGAUAUCAUGGCAAUCCCUAUCUUGUAUAGUUUUGCCCAGGUACGUGCUUCCGCCAUCGAUUUCAACUCCCGGUCGUUGCGUGGAUCUUCUUCGGCUUUCGUCUUUUAAGUUGCUUGUGGUUUUCUUGGGGAAGAUCAGUAGUAAUGGUGGCAGCAAUCAAGCCCUUGCUCUCGUCGUCCAUCUUCCCAUUCCCUUCACAUCCUGCAUAACGAUGACACCGCGUGGGCUCCCUAGAGGUUCAAGCAGCGAGCAUCAUGAAAAAGUUUUUUUUUUUUUUUUUUUUUUUUUAAUUUUCUAAUUUCCAGUCGGGGAGCUAAACGGCGCCGGCAGUCGAAUUGGAUAUAGUAAUCUCUUCUUUUCAGAGGAUCUUGUUGGCCUGAACGCGAGAAUUAAUUGUCUGGGAAUCACGCGCAGGAAACUAUAAAAGAACAGCUUGGCGACCUCUGUCUCUGGCCGCAGACGCUGAAAGUUCCGAUUCUCGACGGCUUCAGGUGACCUCCGCCGGAUGGGCGUUGACCAUUUUUUGCUUCCUCGUCCAUUUUCCCAGGAGGAUUGCAUCUUUGAUGUGUGGUUGCAGCGCGAUGAAGAAGCCCGUCGGAAUACUGCACGUGAAGGUCCAGCGGGCGUCCGGCCUCCUGAAGAUGGACUUGCUGGGAAAAUCCGACCCGUACGUGAAGCUCAGCCUGAGCGGGGAGAGACUUCCAUCCAAGAAGACCACCGUGAAGAUGUGCGAGCUGAAUCCUGAGUGGAACGAGCGGUUCAAGCUCGUCGUCAGAGACCCAGAGACCCAGGUCCUCGAGCUCCACGUGUUCGACUGGGAGAAGGUCAACCAUCUCCCUCUCCCUCUCCAUCUCCGUUCCAUCGAUUGUAUUAUUGAUCUUUCCGAUCGUCCAGAUGAAGGCGCACGACAAACUGGGCAUGCAGGUGGUUCCGCUGAGCCUGCUGAACCCCAACGAGCCCAACUGCUUCACCCUGGAUCUGCUCAAGAACCUGAACCCGAACGACCCGCACAACAGACGGAGAAGAGGGAAGAUCACGGUGGAGCUGAGAUUGGCGCUGUUCAAGGAGGAGGUGGAUCCCUGCCCCAGCAGGUGGCUGGACGGAGAGUGGGAGGGAUGGAGCAGCGGGGAACGGUCUCUGGUCGACGCCCGAUCCCACAGCGACGGGGUGCUCUCAGUGGCGGUUGUCCGGGCGGGGAAUGUGGAAGGGAAGCACCACAACAACACCUACGCCGUCGUCGCCUUCAAGGGGGAGCAGAGGAAGACCAAGGUAUCACCAUCAUCAUCAUCAUCAUCAUCAUCAUCAUCAUCAUCAUCUGAUCUGCUGAUUAGUUUAAGAAUUCUUUGCAUCGUUGGGCUCCGAUUCCUUCAAACAAAAACAAAAAAAGAACAAAAAAAAAUAAGUUUCUUUUGUUAUUUAUAUGAUGUUCUUCCGGGUUGAGAUUCGUAAAAAGGUUAAACCCAUUGAUCAGUACUGCGGGAAGAUUAAAAAUCUAUUCUUUGAUGAAACCUAGCACUGAUCUUACGAUCUUAUUGCUCAACAUCUGGUCACGAGUCAACGUUGAGAUUCUUCUCCGACUGCAGAUGAUCAGCCGGAGCAGGGAGCCCAGAUGGGACGAAGAAUUCCAGUUCAUGCUGGAGGAGCCCCCCGUCGACGAGAAGAUCCACAUCGAGGUGAUGAGCAAGAGAAGGGGUUUCGGCUUCCAUUCAAAGGUGAGCUCUUGAACCAGAAAGUCAACGCACCCCGCAUUCUCCCACCGGCGAGAUUCCACGUGAAGCUCUUCGUUGACGUCGUUGCUGGUUGCCGUUGCAGGAGUCAUUGGGCCACGUGGCCGUCAAUCUCGUGGAUGUGGUGAACAGCGGGCGCAUAAAUGAGACGUAUAACCUGAUCAACUCGAGGCGCGGAGUGAUCCAUGUUGACAUAAAAUGGAGAACCGUUUGA